CAGCACUACGGUGAGCAGCGUCACGACGCUGACGGAUACGACAGGGUCAUUCAAUACCACGCUGACCGAGACGAGUUCUUCGACGGUCAGUGCGAGCGGCACCAGCAGCACGACGGCCAGCUCGAGCGUGACCAGCAGCACAACUGCAUCGUCCACCACCUUGACUUCCAGUGCAUCGUUGUCUAGCAGUGCGUCUCAGACGACCAGCAGUGCGACCUCGAGCAGCACGGUCACGACCAGUACGGUUUCGAGCAGUGCGACGUCCACGGCCACUUCCACGGUGAGCUCCACGACGACAUCGAGCAGCAGCGUGAGCGUAGUCGAGACAAGCAGCGCAACGUCGAGCAGUACGAUUUCGAGUGCGACACAGUCGAGCAGCACCACGCAGGCCAGCACUACGGUGAGCAGCGUCACGACGCUGACGGAUACGACAGGGUCAUUCAAUACCACGCUGACCGAGACGAGUUCUUCGACGGUCAGUGCGAGCGGCACCAGCAGCACGACGGCCAGCUCGAGCGUGACCAGCAGCACAACUGCAUCGUCCACCACCUUGACUUCCAGUGCAUCGUUGUCUAGCAGUACGUCUCAGACGACCAGCAGUGCGACCUCGAGCAGCACGGUCACGACCAGUACGGUUUCGAGCAGUGCGACGUCCACGGCCACUUCCACGGUGAGCUCGACUAGCAUUACAGCAAGCAGCACGACCACCGUCACGGUGACCACAGGUUCUUUCAGCACCACGGCCACAAGCACAGGCACAUCUACCAGCGCGACCAGCUCGACGAGUGUCAGCAGUUUAAGCAGCACGUCGCUGUCUGCGACCACAGGCUCUUUCAGUGAAACGGUCAGCAGCAGUGCCACAGCAACAAGCACAAGUGGGACAUCAAGCAGUACAAUGUCGAGCGCAACGUUGUCGACACGGACCAGCGGUUCAGCGAGCAGCACGACCACAGUCACGGCCACUACAGGGGCAUUCAGCAACACGGACACGAGCACGGGCACAUCCACCAGCGUGACCAGUUCGACGAGUGUCAGCAGUUUAAGCAGCACGUCGCUGUCUGCGACCACAGGCUCUUUCAGUGAAACGGUCAGCAGCAGUGCCACAGCAACAAGCACAAGUGGGACAUCAAGCAGUACAAUGUCGAGCGCAACAUGGUCGACACGGACCAGCGGUUCAGCGAGCAGCACGACCACAGUCACGGCCACUACAGGGUCAUUCAGCACCACGGACACGAGCACGGGCACAUCCACCAGCGUGACCAGUUCGACGAGUGUCAGCAGUUUAAGCAGCACGUCGCUGUCUGCGACCACAGGCUCUUUCAGUGAAACAGUCAGCAGCAGUGCCACAGCAACAAGCACAAGUGGGACAUCAAGCAGUACAAUGUCGAGCGAAACACGGUCGACACGGACCAGCGGUUCAGCGAGCAGCACGACUACAGUCACGGCCACUACAGGGUCAUUCAGCACCACGGACACGAGCACGGGCACAUCCACCAGCGUGACAAGUUCGACGAGUGUCAGCAGUUUAAGCAGCACGUCGCUGUCUGCGACCACAGGCUCUUUCAGUGAAACGGUCAGCAGCAGUGCCACAGCAACAAUCACAAGUGGGACAUCAAGCAGUACAAUGUCGAGCGCAACAUGGUCGACACGGACCAGCGGUUCAGCGAGCAGCACGACCACAGUCACGGCCACUACAGGGUCAUUCAGCACCACGGACACGAGCACGGGCACAUCCACCAGCGUGACAAGUUCGACGAGUGUCAGCAGUUUAAGCAGCACGUCGCUGUCUGCGACCACAGGCUCGUUCAGUGAAACGGUCAGCAGCAGUGCCACAGCAACAAGCACAAGUGGGACAUCAAGCAGUACACUGUCGAGCGAAACACGGUCGACACGGACCAGCGGUUCAGCGAGCAGCACGACCACAGUCACGGCCACUACAGGGUCAUUCAGCAACACGGACACGAGCACGGGCACAUCCACCAGCGUGACCAGUUCGACAAGCAGUACGUUGAGCAGCACGUCCAGGACAAGCGGCUCGAGUGCUACGCUCACGAGUGAAACGAGCAGUGUUACGAGCUUCACGUCUAUGAGCAGCACGACGGGUACAAUCAGCGCGUCGCUGAGCAGCGUGACACAGACGGCCACUUCAACGACGGGAAGCUCAGUUGGGAGCAUCACCAGCGCCACGCAAACCAGCAGCACGGCGAGCAGCACAUGGAGCAGCACAAGGACGUUGACGGUCACCACAGGCUCGUUCAGCACCACGGGCACGAACACCAGCACAUCCACCAGUGCAACCAGCUCGAUGAGUGUCAGCGGGGUCAGCACCACGUCGACGGGUUUCGACAGCGAGACGGUGACCAGCAGUAGCACUGCAACAGGCACAAGCGUGAGUGCGACAACGGGUUCUUUCAGCGUGACGAUGACCAGCAGCACGACUGUAUCGAGUACGAGUACGACUCUGAGCUAUACGACGCUCACGGUCGUGACCAGCGCGACCCUCACCACCGUGACCUCGACCACGACGCUGGCGGCCAUGGGGCUGUCUGUGACUCCCUCUGCGCUCACGUCCUGCAACGCGCUGCUGGUAAAGGCGUCCCCGCCGACCACCGCGCAGACGCUGCAGUGGUCCUGCUCGCCGGAGGCGGCAUCGAUCUGCACCGCCAUCGUGGCCGCCGUCUCCGGGAACUUCGAUAAGGAGGUGAUCCUCGACGAGGACGCGGUAGCCGCGGCCAGCGUCUCCACCUCGGCCGAGGUUACUGUCACUCUGCGCGUCGACGCGCUGGGCGACGGCGGCCAGCUGGUGAGCUACGCGGAGCGCGCGUUCGUCUUUGACCCGUCUGUCAGCCAGCUGCUCGAGGCCACGGCCGGUGCCACGACCUUCACGCUGCUCGACGCCAACGUGAGGCUGGCGGUGGCGCUGGACUCGUGCGAGUUGGUGCCGUCGUCGCAGCUCGUGGUCGACUGGUCCUACGCCAACACCACAGCGGGACCCUGGACGACUCUGACCAGCUCCUCCUCCGUGUGGUCGCAGCUCACCGCUCCGGUCACCGACUUCCCAGGCAGCCUCGGCAG